AUGAGCCCAGAACCUUUGAAGAAACAUGGUCAUGCUGCUGCCUCUGGGGAAAAAAGAUCUAAGAGGAAGCUGAAGAGAAAGGAAGCAUUUUCAGUCUACAUUUACAAAGUAUUGAAGCAGGUGCACCCCGACCUCGCCAUCUCCUCCAAGGCCAUGAGCAUCAUGAACUCGUUUGUGAACGACAUGCUGGAGCGGCUGGCGGCGGAGGCGUCGCGCCUGGCGCAGUACGGGCACCGUGCCACCCUCACCAGCCGCGAGGUGCAGGCGGCCGCGCGCCUGCUGCUGCCCGGGGAGCUGGCCCGGCACGCCGUGUCUGAGGGCACCAAGGCUGUCACCAAGUACACCAGCAGCAAGUGA